UCAAUAAAAUGACAGCAAAACAACUUGAUAAAUGGUCAUCCGACAUCGACCAAUGCAAACGCAGUGGAGGUCACCUAAUACAAAUAAAUUGUCUGGAUAACACUUGUUAGAUUCGACUUCUUUUGACCAGAGCUGGAGGAAAAGAUGCAUAUAAAGGGGCUUAUUUUCGGUCUCAUCUUACUGAUGCAAGCAUGCGUCCCACUUUUGGCCCAGACUGACUCUCCAGGAAUACUGCAGAGGCUGGCGGAGAAAACCAGUGAGGCCAAAGCUAAAGUCCAGGAUCUGGGGGGAACAGUGCUGGGCUUUUUCGGUGCUUACUAUGAAGAUCACAUCCAGCCAGUGACCAGCAGCUAUGCUGAAUGGGCCUCGGACAUCAAAAGCUCUGUGUGGGAGAAGAUCCAGACAACCAUUGACAGCUACAUACUGCCGAAAGUAAUUCAUCCAACUUCUCAGCCCGGUCAAAACUAAAGAAAAGCAGACAAUAAAAGCAUAUUCUUACCACCUAAUGCUCAAGU